AUGACUGAGGAGCAAGACUGUGUAAUUACUUUGUGCAACCACGUAUAUCACAGGGAAUGUAUAGGAACUUGGCUUGAAAAGCAGCACGAUUGUCCUUGUUGCAAAAGAUUAUGUCAUGUUAAAGACUGGUUACCAAUUACCCUCAAGCAGACUGAGCAAAGCUUUCAAAGUAGACAAAGUACCAAUUUUCGAGGCCGCGGGCAUAGACAAUUAACUCGCAAUAGGCGUCGUAAUAAUACUCCCAGCUCCCAGUCGUUAAUAGAAGGUGAUAAUAAUCAGCAAGCUGCGCAAAGCCCUCGUUCCUUAAACCUGUCCAUGCCAGGAGGUGAUUCAGUCGAUAGAGAUGUAACUAACCUCUCUCAUACGCAACGUAAUCCAAAUAAUCAAGUUCGCGACUCUGGUGAGGUAGUGGAUUCCGAUCGAAUAUCACAAAUGGUAGAAGAAAACGUUAAGAGAAUUUUAGCUGGGUUAAAUCUCGAUCAAGAUAGGUUCCAAAACCAGGCUUAUAUACGCCAAUCUAAUGACCCUCGUUACCUUGGUAAUAGUAAUAAUAUUAAUAACCCGAAUUGUUCGAACCUUCGUACUGAUUAA